AUGCUGUGGUACUAUGCCGUUGAUAAUUUCGGGUCCCCAAAGCAUUUGGAAGACACUCCAUGGCCGUAUGUGACGACACGUCUCUUCGUUGUAUUAGUAUCUUGUCCCAUACAGCAAUUCUUCGCUUGGCGGGUGAAGAUCUUGGGUACAAGCAAGCCGCUCUUUGUCAUCUCGUCAACGCUCUCUAUAUCAGGUGCCGCGCUGAUAGUCGUUGAUACCAUUAUAACUCUCGGCUCUUCCGAAUCGUCACGGGAUAUGCCCGACGUUGAUCUGACCAACGUCGGACUUACCAUUGCAUCUGCAUGCGACCUGCUGAUAGCUUUCUCGCUGCUCUAUUACCUGCUGAAAAGCCGUACAGGAUUCAAAAGAACGGACAAUGUAAUUUUGCGCUUGAUAAACACCUGCGUGCAGACUUCAUUAAUUAACGCUAUGGUCUCGUCGCUUGAUCUCGCUUUCUUUAACGCAUUCAAAAAUGCCAAUUGGUGCUUCAUAUUUGCUAUUCCAAUGGGCCAUGUCUACACAAUCUCCUUGUUAGCUCUGUUAACGUCAAGAGCAUCAUUGAGGGAAAAAUUCGGGGGGAUCACAGAGAUCAACCUACCAGAUACAAUCGCAAGUCCCUUCAACUUACGUCAAUUAUUCAAUAAUCGCAUCCAGCCAACGGAGAUUCGGGUUGCUGUGGAGCAACGGGUUGAGUUGGACGAUGGAACACCUUGCAGGCGUGGUACAGAGUCCCCUGUGAAGAUCAAAGAAAUGCGCAAGUCUGGCGCUAGUACUCCCGAUGAAACCGACAAUUACGAGCUGAGUGCGCCAUGA